AUGGCGGGCGGGGCCCGGGAAGUGCUCACACUGCAGUUGGGACACUUUGCCGGUUUCGUGGGCGCGCACUGGUGGAACCAGCAGGAUGCUGCGCUGGGCCGAGCAACCGAUGCCAAGGAGUCGCCGGGAGAGCUGUGCCCCGAUGUUCUGUAUCGUACGGGCCGGACGCUGCACGGCCAGGAUACUUACACGCCGCGACUCAUCCUUAUGGAUCUGAAGGGUAGUUUGAGCUCCCUAAAAGAGGAAGGUGGACUCUACAGGGACAAACAGUUGGAUGCUGCAAUAGCAUGGCAGGGGAAGCUCACCACACACAAAGAGGAACUCUGUCCCAAGAACCCUUAUCUCCAGGACUUUCUGAGUGCAGAGGGAGUGCUGAGUAGUGAUGGUGUUUGGAGGGUCAAAUCCAUUCCCAAUGGCAAAGGUUCCCCACCACUCACCACCGCUACAACUCCAAAACCACUUAUCCCUACAGAGGCCAGCAUCAGGGUCUGGUCAGACUUCCUCAGAGUCCAUCUCCAUCCCCGGAGCAUCUGUAUGAUUCAGAAGUACAACCAUGAUGGGGAAGCAGGUCGGCUGGAAGCUUUUGGCCAAGGGGAAAGUGUCCUAAAGGAACCCAAGUACCAGGAAGAGCUGGAGGACAGGCUGCACUUCUACGUGGAGGAAUGUGACUACUUGCAGGGCUUCCAGAUCCUGUGUGACCUGCACGAUGGCUUCUCUGGGGUAGGCGCGAAGGCGGCAGAGCUGCUACAAGAUGAAUAUUCAGGGCGGGGAAUAAUAACGUGGGGCCUGCUACCUGGUCCCUACCAUCGUGGGGAGGCCCAGAGAAACAUCUAUCGUCUAUUAAACACAGCUUUUGGUCUCGUACACCUGACUGCUCACAGCUCUCUCGUCUGUCCUUUGUCCUUGGGUGGGAGCCUGGGCCUGCGACCUGAGCCACCUGUCAACUUCCCUUACCUGCAUUACGAUGCCACUCUGCCCUUCCACUGCAGUGCCAUCCUGGCUACAGCCCUGGACACAGUCACUGUUCCUUAUCGCCUGUGUUCCUCUCCAGUUUCCAUGGUUCAUCUGGCUGACAUGCUGAGCUUCUGUGGGAAAAAGGUGGUGACAGCAGGAGCAACCAUUCCUUUCCCCUUGGCUCCAGGCCAGUCCCUUCCUGAUUCCCUGAUGCAGUUUGGAGGAGCCACCCCAUGGACCCCACUGUCUGCAUGUGGGGAGCCUUCUGGAACACGUUGCUUUGCCCAGUCAGUGGUGCUGAGGGGUAUAGACAGAGCAUGCCACACGAGUUUGAUAGAGUCCCAGGGCAGAAUCAUCAUCCAUCUACAGGUCUCUCUUUCCUCUCCCUCCUCAGCAGUGGAGAGCAUCCCAGUGUUUGGGGCACUGUGUUCCUCUUCGUCCCUGCACCAGACCCUGGAAGCCUUGGCCAGAGACCUCACCAAACUCGACUUGCGGCGCUGGGCCAGCUUCAUGGAUGCUGGAGUGGAGCACGAUGACGUAGCAGAGCUCCUGCAGGAGCUACAAAGCCUGGCCCAGUGCUACCAGGGUGGUGACAGCCUCGUGGACUAAAGUUCCCAGUGUGGGAGAGAGGAGCUAGUGUGCAAUAAAAACAGCUGGAUGCAGGAGCCCAGUGUCUUCGUGCAGAGGAGCUCGAUGUCGCAGGACUAGCUACACCAACAUAUGCACUUUUUACAUUUAGAAACACUGUGAUUAGACCACAGAACAAUAAAUAUGUGCCAUCAGACCAAAAAAAAGUAGAGAAAGGAGCUGAGCUCCACUCUCACUCGAUGCUAUUUACAGAGGAGAUCUGUAAGGUCUUCAUAAAAGACCUUGAAUGGUGCCUAGGAUGGCAGAGCCCCUGGGUCCUACUCCAUCCUCCAGCCUUUGUCCUCGUCCUGGGCUCCUCUCCCGGUCUGUAAACUGGGCGCAAGGACUGUACAAGCAGAGUACAACUACCCUCCUGCCUAAUGACAGGGCACCUGCUGGGUUUGGUCCUGUGUAGAUGAUACCCAAGUAUUCCCAGAGUCUCAUUCAUCCAGCUCCUCUUCAGACAGAAGGUCCCCACGGUCAGACAGCUGGUCUGCAUUGCUGGUACUGGUUGCAUCAUCCUCAUCCUCAGAGCUGGCUUCACAGGCAGUGUGGAAGAGCUGCAUGAGUUCUCGAAAACGGUGGGAGACCUAAGAAAGGAGAAGGGCUGUAUUCGCUGAUCCUUAGUAACAUGUUAACAUUUAUGAAGCACUAUA